GUCGGCGUUUCUGCCGUUCUCAUCAUUUGUAGGCGGUGUCGAUCAACUCGCCAAGAUGAAUCUGGAGCUGUUGAAGAAGCGGGAGGGUGCCGUCCAAACAGGAGGCAAGGGCACUGUGAGGAGAAAGGAGAAGGCUGUGCACAAGACCACAACCACAGAUUAUAAGAGGUUGCAAAGCACUCUGAAGAGGCUUGCACUCAACACUAUUCCGGGGAUCGAAGAAGUGAACAUCUUCAAGGAUGAAAAUGUGAUCCAUUUCAUCAACCCCAAAGUGCAAGCUUUCAUAGGAGCCAACACUUAUGUCGUCAGUGGAGCUGCACAGACAAAGGAGCUUCAAGACCUGUUGCCAGGGAUCAUCAACCAGCUUGGACUUGGUAGCUUGGCGAAUCUGAGAAAGGUUGCGGAGCAGUAUAAGAGCAAGGAAACUGCGGGUGUGAAGGAGGAGGACGAUGACGACGUCCCAGACUUGGUGGAGGGAGAGACAUUCGAAGAGGACGCCAAGAAGCCAGCACCUUGAGCAAUUUGGUCCUCUCUUCUGUGGUUCUUGGUAGUGGAAAAGACCAUGAACUCGAUCCCUAACUUCGG